AUGGCGCACUUCUCAUUGGAGCGUGUGUUAUCUCCUGUGCCGACGUCUGCAUUUCCAGCUGUAUCAGAAAUUCUUUCCUCGAUACCCUCGCACCUGUGCCCUCCAUUCUUGCAGAAAGUGCUGGAAACAAAGCAUGAAGUGAAUCUAAGCCUGAAGCAAGUGGAGAACGUUUUGUGGAAAAUCGAAACCUUCUUGCCCUGCAUGGUGAGUGUGUCUCAUCCGUUGGGACAAAACCCGUUCCAGUUAAAGAAGUACCAGGAGCUUGUCCCAGACGUUCCCACCGUCUGCGUGCCGUCUCUGGUAACGUCAUGCGCUUGCUGUGGCGGUGCCUUAGAGGACAAGGCAGGUAGAUCUUCUUCCCGCUUAGUGAACAAUUUGCGUGGAAGUGAUGAGAUGGACAAUCGUUUCCUGAUUUUCACUCAAGCAGCUGGUGUUCUCUUUGCGGAGUUCAAGGUCGUCCCUCGUUAUCGAAGCUUCUUCGCCGUUGAAAUCGGCUUGCUGCAUUCAAUCACAGAUGAAAUUGCCCAUAGCGGCGCGACCUUUUCCUCUGCUGUGCUGCGAUGGGUGAAGCAACACCCAGAAGAGGGCCAAGUUCGACUGCUGCAAGGAAAGGACCUGACCAUGCUAGAGCGUUGCCGCAAACGGUUAGAAGAGGACUUAGAUGGCUUUGAGGCUUCCUUGUCCCAAGUUCUACCUCAUUUGCGGAAGCAAAGGCUGAACAAAGUUGCGGAGCACAUCCACAGCUGCCCCAUAUGUCAGCAAUGUGUGUGGAUUUUGUUGGAUGGAAAGCAGGGUGCUCGGCGAUUCAUCUGCGCCGGUCUAGAGGGUCAUCGAACAUUUGCAGAUCUAGGGGUGUCAAUUUACACUGGAUGCAUGAAUCACGCUGGGCCCAACGAUGUCUUUUGCAAGCGUUGUCGCCCAAGCAGUUUGCUGCAGAGCGCUUUGAUUCCACAAGAAAAAGUGCUACAAGUCGAAACUUGUCCAUCUGAAGACGGUUUGUCAGUGGAGACUUGGUACUUGGUCCGUUGCAAGUGUCCACAGAAUGGCAUCUUCGAAGCACCUUUGCCCCGCAAGGAAGUGCGCGCAGAUCUACUGGCAGAGUUCGAGAAAGGGGCCUUGCCAAAAAAGCGAGAUCAUGGUAACCUGCGUACUCAAUUUCGCUGGCUGAAGAGUGCUCGCAUGGUUCGUCAAGCUGCCUUGAAGCGCGCUGGGCCAUGCAAGCCAGCGCGCCGUGGAAGAGCCAGCAAGAAGGAGGAGGUCAAAAAGCUUCCGGGCGGAUGGCUGUCGCAGGCGUAUGUCGCAUUCCUCCGCGACACUGACAAGUCUACAGAUGGCAGUGAGCUUGCUGAGUGCGGUAUUGAUAAGGAGAAGAAAACUUUGAAGCGCAGGCGAUGCACAGGUGGCAUUUUAACUGCUACCCUUUCCUGUGGUCAGCUGGUGGAUUGGCUAGAAUUACCUCGUGGAGAAGCCCUCGAUGUAGUGUACACCUUUGUUCUGGAUGUGAUUAAAGAGCUCUCGACCCGGCAAGUGCAGGUGAAGUGCGUAGGGUAUGACAACGCCUGUCGGCUCCUUGCAAUGGCUGAGCGUUGUGAGAAUUUGUGCAGCCCAUGGACCAACAAAGUGACGGAGUGUCGAAUUGUCUUGGAUAGGUUCCACAAGGGAAACCACUCUUGGUGUCUUCGUCAUCGCCCGCAGGUGGAUCCAGAUCAUCCAGACAACAUUCCUUUGCUGCAGUUUCGCAACUCGGAGAGCUGUGAGCAGUUGAACGCAUGGAUCUCUGGUCGCACUGCUGCUGCCUUGAACUUGACAGGCCGUAGUAAAAAGGAUGCGGCGGAAGACCGCGAUCCUGGAAUGUGCAAAGCAGACCUCUUGCUGGCAUACCAACUCAUGGAUACAACCAAUCCAUUCCCUUCGGCCUCUGUAGGUGCGAGGCAACCUCUGGCUUGGAAGGUUUGCUGCGCGUUGGCCCAAGCAGCUUCCUUGCAUCCUGGGUGCAUGUUUGUGCACAUGUUGUGCUUGGUGGCUCUGACUCUCAAUGCGGUGCAGGUGAAAUACACUGGCUUGCUGGGAAAAUUCUGCAAUUUGAUGGUCUUGCAACAUGGUCCGCCGGGGGACGGCAAGAGCAUAGCGCUGUGGCUAGAUCUUCACAUCCUGAGAGACAAGCGGGCGCAGGCGAAGUACAAGGCAGAAUAUGAAGUGUGGCGGAGUUCUGGCUCAGGGCCAGUAGAAGAACCGACAAAGCCUCCACCUCAAGAUAGCAUUGUGAAUCGCAUGACUUGGGUGGGUUUGGGCCAACACAUGCACCAACAAGAUGGCUGCGCCAUCUUAGCUCUGCACGAAGGACGUACGUUCCUCCAGCACACAUUCGAAGGAUCUGUGGGUGGCGGCAUCGAAGAAUUGAACCAGCUAAGCGAUCAUGACUGCUAUAAGAACACCAUUUCUUCACAAAGCGGCAGAUACUGGGUUAAAAACCCGCAUCUCAUUGCAUUGGUGAUGAUGCACUGUGAAGAAAUAGCGCAGCAAGCUUCCCAAGAAGAUUCUGUGGCUGGCCUGUCCCGUUUUCUGCUGGCCAAAUUCCCGUGUCGUGUGUUGAAGAUCCGCGACCCGCAGUCCGCAGAGCAAGCGCAGAAUGAGCUGGAUGAGUGUUUCAAUUCUUUGGGCUAUGAUCAGGUGGUGUCAGCUAUGGCACACGUGCUCACAAUCAGCAAGUUGCUCUUCCCGCACAAUGAAGCACGCGAUGAUGAUGCAGAGCACCGCUGCUUCUCACAUGUGAGUGGCUUACACACCAUGCCAUUCGCUGCGUCAGUGAAACAGCAGUUCAUCAACACUUUUAACAAGUACGUUGACAAGGUGCGCGCUGACCAGAAAGUGUUGGGUGGUCAGAGCAGCCGGCUGAACAAGGAGAAGACCAGGGCCUUGCGGUUCAUCGCUCCUUUAGAUGUCUUUGAAAAGGUGAUCGCUUGGCUUUUGCAGAAGGAUGGGCACAGGCUGACAGAGGGGCAGGACACUGAGCUCAGCGGCGAAGAGAUCAUCCGGUCUCUGGCGCAUGUGAGAAGCUCAGUGCAUAUUGAAUGUGACGUGACUGGAAAGUUCACAGCAGGAUGUUCUCAGAAUGUGAGGGUGAACAUAGAGCAAGUUGCCACUGUUUUCAAGCCCUCACAGAUCCAUCCUUCCGCGACGACGGAAGCUGUGGAGACGGCAGUGGAGCUUGGCAAGUGGUUCCACGCGAGUUUCCAGAACACUGUUGGGGCUCGUGCGUUGGUGAGCGAGUUCAAGACUGAGCGCAGCAACAUGAUUCUCUUACCUCGUCCUUGCGUGAAAGAAGCUGCCGGCCUCAUUUCGCAUGCUUUCGCCUUGAAUGCAGAGCACACCGCGGCACAAGUGCGGGCCAGACUUCUAGACCUUUUGAUUUUAGCGAUGAUGGGUUUCGUCGUCAUGGGCUGCGGCCGCUACGCUCUAGUUGGGUAUGCCGAGGAUGACGAGGAUUUUGUCAUUUGCUGCAACAGGCUCACCAGUUGGGAUGCUGAAGCUGAUCUUGCUGCUGUCCGGUCUUGGGUACCAAUCAGUGGAGCAGAGAAGCCGAAGCUGGACCAGGAUGCAUGUGAUGAUGCCAUAUCGUGCAUCCACCGUCUUCUGCGGGGGGAAGCUGCAAAUGUGGACGGAUGUCGAGAUGUGUUCAUGGUGGAUCCUCUCGUGCCUACGCAAGCGUGUCCGGCGCCAGAGACGGCAGUUCCCUUGACGCAGGAGGCUGUGGACGAUCAGGCCCCGCCAGCAAAGAGGUUGCGGCGAGAGAAAGACUUGUGUCGCGAUGACUUCUCCACCAAUAUUCCUUUGGCAAAGAACAUACUUCUGUACCUACUGAAGUCAGCAGCCUCAAGGGUGACUGUGCGGGUGAUACUGGAUGUCACAAAGCUGAGGCAGUGUGCUCAGGCAGAGGAAUUGGAAGCGAUGGCUCGCAAUGUGUUUCGCUUGGGAGCUGAGGCAGGGUUGGCUUCCUUAGGCCCUCAAGGUGGCACCUGGACUGGCGUAAAGCCGCCUCCUGAGCAUGAAGCCGCAGUUGUGACACUUCUGCGAGAGCUGUUUGAGAAUAACAUGCAGGGGGUGGAACCAGCUAUAAGGCAUAAGGCUGAGGGCAUGCUGGUUUUGUCGCAGCAGCGCAGCAAGUGCAUGGGAAACGCCGCUUUGUGUUGCGAUGGUGGAGCGCUGACAAAGGCGUAA